AUGCUGUUAGAUGUUAAGAAGCAGUUUCGUAUGGAAGUGAAGCGGAACUCAGGCCUGGGCUGGUACAGGAGCCUUCAGUUAGUGAAGCACGUAGAGAUGCAUCGGGCUGGUCCUGGGCCGCAUAUCGAUCAGAACAUGAGGGAACGACUUACGCUGGCGUAUCGUCAGAUUAUCAAGGGCAAGUGA